AUGUCUCCACAUCAAACUUUAAGAUUAGGUUCUGUUGCUCCAGAUUUCCAAGCCGAUACUUCCAAUGGUCCAAUUUCAUUCCAUGAAUACCUUGGUGAUUCUUGGGCUGUUCUUUUCUCUCAUCCAGAUGAUUUCACUCCAGUAUGUACUACUGAAUUAGGGGCAUUUGCUAAAUUAGAACCAGAAUUUGCUAAACGUAAUGUUAAAUUAAUUGGUCUUUCUGCUAAUAAUGCUGAUUCUCAUCAAGCUUGGAUUAAAGAUAUUGAUGAAGUUACUGGUUCUAAAUUAUCAUUCCCAAUUAUUGCUGAUCCAGAAAGAAAAGUUGCUCAUUUAUAUGAUAUGAUUGAUUAUCAAGAUGCUACUAAUGUUGAUGAUAAGGGGGUACAAUUUACUAUUAGAUCUGUUUUUGUCAUUGAUCCAUCUAAAAAAAUUAGAUUGAUUUUAGCUUAUCCUGCUUCUACUGGUAGAAACACUGCUGAGGUCUUGAGAGUUAUUGAUUCUUUACAAACUGGUGAUAGAUAUAGAGUUACUACGCCAAUUAAUUGGGUUCCUGGAGAUGAUGUUAUUGUUCAUCCAACUGUUUCUAAUGAAGAAGCUAAAACUUUAUUCCCUAAAUUCAGAAUCAUUAAACCAUACUUGAGAUUAACCCCAUUGGAUAUUAAUGAACAAAAGUAG